AUGAAAUCGUCAACUGCGUGUGUGAUUUUGGUCGUGAUUAUCGCACAGUGCGCCAACGGAGAGAGUCAUAAUGGCACUGAAAUUGGAUCCAAUGAACCUCAUCUGCAGCGAUCCAAACGUACGCUUUAUUUUCCCUACGAAACGUGUAUGGGUAUCAUUGCGGCCAUUGCUGUCCCAUUGGCGGUCCCGGAUAGGAAUAUCUUCAUGUCUUACAAUUUCGAAUCCAACUACAACGAUCCAACGCAAUCGAACGUGUUCACCGAGGGAUUCUUCAACUUUAUUAGAGGCGUAGGACUUCCCCUGGAGUCUCCCCUUAUUCAAAUUCAUCGUUCCUUGGAUGGCGACCCGGAAGUGCUCGAGUCCCCUACCACCGAGCAAAUCGAAAGCGAGUCGCAAAAGCUGCCUUCGGAAAAUCUACUUGCUGCUCUAGCACACUACUCUCAAGGCUACACGCGCAAGAAGGCCUACCGGGCAAUUGAGAGUCAUUUGAUUAGGAGCGGCUUUGACGGGAAAAAGUGUCUUCUGAGAGCGAUUUGCGAAGCAUCGGAAACUCCAAUGACUGAGAAUAAUGGAGUGCUCGGUGAUAUUGUGCACAUCAUUCUGAGCCCAUCGACAUCGGAAAACGAAGGUCUUCCGCCGGAGUUCUACAAAGCGGAAAAACUCGGGCAGGAAGGUCGAUGCCAAAAGUAUCGCAAGCACUGCCAAAAGAGCCCCCUAGAUGUGAUAAGUUUCAUGCUGUAG